CAAACUCUCUCUUCCUUGGGCCAACCUCACUCUUGUUUUCUUUUCUGUAAUAAAAAGGAACCGUUUCCAAGAAUCUUAGGGGCUCACGCGAUCUGAUCCUCCAUGUUUGCUCUCUUUUGCUUUAAAGGAAUCAGGGUCGAUCCCUCCACAGGAUGAUUGAUUUGUUCCUUGAUUGUUUUUGAUGCGGGAACUCGUGUAAAGAAUUUUGGAGAUGGUUACUGGCAGUAUGAUUCCAAGCUUAGACAAUGGUUUCCAAGAACCUAAUGGGAGUUUAGAAGAUAGUUCUCAAAAUGAGCUGGAAUUGAUUUUACGAGCACAGAGAAGGCAACAAACCAUUGGUAGAGAAAGGGAUUUGAAUAUGUAUAGGAGUGGCAGUGCGCCACCUACAGUUGAGGGGUCCCUGAGUGCUGUUGGCAGUCUUUUUGGGAACUCUGGUCUUGGAGACAUUAAUGACAUUGGUAGUGCUGGUAAUCAAAAUGGAAUGCUUUCUGAAGAUGAGAUUCGUUCGCAUCCUGCCUAUCUUUCAUAUUAUUAUUCUCAUGAGAACAUAAAUCCAAGGUUGCCCCCACCUCUGUUAUCAAAAGAAGAUUGGCGUGUUGCACAAAGGUUUCAGGGUGGAUUUGGAGGUAUUGGGGACUGGAGAAAAAAGAGCAUAGUUGAUGAUGCCAACAGUUCAUCUUUGUUUUCAAUGCAGCCAAGCCUCUCUGUACAACAGGCAGAAAAUGAUUUGAUAGAAUUAAGGACUGCCAGUGGAAGGAAUCUCUCAAGGAAGAUGUCUGCUGAGUGGCUGGAUAGAGGCUCAGAUGGUUUGAUUGGGAUGUCAAAUUCUGGCCUUGGCACUAGGAGGAAGAGUUUUGCUGACAUUCUUCAGGAAGGACUUGAGCAACCUGUAACCUUAUCAGGCCACUCAUCGCGGCCAGCAAGUCGUAAUGCUUUUGGUGAGAUGCUUGAUACAUCUAUCACUUCUAAUCCUAGUCCACCUGGGCUGUGCAAUGGAGUGGAAUCUGCAGAAGGCUUGUAUGCUGGAGCUCAUGUUGGGCGGUCUGGACUUCAGAGCCAUGGUAUAAGUUCUUCUCAUGCUUUUGCAUCAGCUGUGGGUUCAUCAUUGUCAAGAAGUACAACCCCUGAACAAAAUGUGGUUGGAAGGUCCCCUGGUUUUGGCCUUCCUCCUGUUGGAAGCAGCAAGGUUUGUCCUAUUGAAAAGAGGAAUAUUGUUGGCUCUAAUAUACAAAAUGGAAAUCCUUCUGUUGCAAAUGAACUUGCUGAAAUUGCAGCUACCUUAUCAGGCUUAAGCUUGUCAAAAGCUAGACAUACAGACAAGGAUAGUCAACUGCAAUCUCAGCUUCAUGGGGGUAUUGAUAAUCAGCAUGGUUUUCCAUUUAAUAUGCCCAACAGUCAUAACAACAAUCUUCAGCAUCAAUUCAUAGACAAGUCCAACGCUGAAAACAAUUCAUUUUCCCAUAACUUUGCUGACUUAGCAAGGAAAAAUGCUGCUGUGCCAAACCUUAAUGCUUCCAAGAUUAAUUCAAGUGGACAAGUAAGCAUACCAAGAAGAACUUCCUCUACUGUGAACCUUUACUCAGAAAUGCAUCCUUCAGAAUUUGCAAGCUUGGAAGGAUCAAAUAUUUAUCACCCAAAUGCUAGUUUAGCUGGUCUUGUAACUGGUGCAUAUUCUGAUGAUCAGAAGUUGAAUUUAGCAAUUAAGAACCAACAAAAUGCAGGUUCCUCUUUGACUGGUAGUCGGGAUGGUCGAAGUUUCAAUGAACUGGCAAAUCUAGAGUUUGAUGUGCAUUCUUCUGCCAUGGACCCACUUCAUAUUCAGUACUUGAGAAGAACUCAGAAUGGAAUGCACACUGUGGCUAGUCCUGCCGAUUCUUUUCUUCUUGGGAACCAUAUCAGUGCUUCACAUGGGGACUUGGAUGCACUUCAUAAAGCAUACCUUGAGGCAUUGCUUGCCCAGCAGAAGCAGCAGUAUGAGCUAUCACUUUUAGGAAAAUCUGGUGGUCUGAAUCGUCUAUAUUAUGGGAAUCCAUCAUCUGCUCUUGGCAUGGCUUUUCCUGGAAAUCCUAUUUCAAAUCCAUUACUCUCUUCUGUUGGUUCUGGAAAUCUUCAGAAUGAGAGAAUGUCACAUUUCACUUCAAUGAUGAGGAGCUCUGUGGGAGGAACGAUGGGAACAUGGAACUCAGAUAUUGGUAACAAUGUGAAUGGAAGAUAUAUGUCAUCUUUAUUGGAUGAGUUUAAGAACAAUAAAACGAGAUCUUUUGAGCUUUCAGAUAUUGUUGGGCAUGUUGUUGAAUUCAGUACGGAUCAGUAUGGUAGUCGUUUUAUUCAGCAGAAACUAGAAACAGCCACUGUGGAAGAGAAGACCAAAAUAUUCCCUGAGAUUAUUCCUCAUGCUCGUACUUUGAUGACUGAUGUCUUUGGGAAUUAUGUCAUACAGAAAUUUUUUGAGCAUGGCAUGGAAAGUCAAAGGGCUGAGUUAGCAAGCCAACUUACUGGUCACGUGUUGCCACUUAGCCUUCAAAUGUAUGGUUGCAGAGUAAUUCAAAAGGCAUUGGAAGUGGUUGAUGUGGAUCAGCAAAUGCAAAUGGUGGCAGAGCUUGAUGGUUCAAUCAUGAAAUGUGUCCGUGAUCAAAAUGGUAAUCAUGUUAUUCAGAAGUGCAUUGAGUGUGUACCCCAAGAUCGAAUUCAGUUUAUCAUCUCGUCCUUCUAUGGGCAAGUUGUGGUACUUUCUACUCACCCUUAUGGAUGUCGUGUCAUUCAGAGAGUGCUGGAAUAUUGCAAUGAUAUAAAAACGCAGCAAAUUAUUAUGGAUGAGAUCAUGCAAUCUGUAUGCAUGCUGGCGCAAGAUCAAUAUGGAAAUUAUGUUAUUCAGCAUGUUCUUGAACAUGGUAAACCAGAAGAGCGUUCUGCUAUUAUUAGCCAGCUUGCUGGGCAAAUUGUAAAGAUGAGCCAGCAAAAGUUUGCUUCUAAUGUUGUAGAGAAGUGCUUAACUUUUGGUGGACCUGAGGAGCGUCAACUUUUGGUGAAGGAGAUGCUUGGUUCCACGGAUGAAAAUGAGCCAUUGCAGGCGAUGAUGAAGGAUCCAUAUGGAAACUAUGUUGUGCAAAAGGUUCUUGAAAUAUGUGAUGAUCAGAGUCUUGGGUUGAUUCUUUCUCGAAUCAAGGUUCAUUUAGAUGCCCUUAAGAGGUACACGUAUGGGAAACAUAUUGUUUCCCGGGUUGAGAAGCUCAUUGUAACUGGAGAAAGGCGCAUAGGUUUUCUAUCCUCAUUUGCAUCCUGAGGGACUGUCAAGCAGCCGAAGAUGGCACUUUUUUCAUUGUGGCCAUCAGAAAACAGCUAGAGGAUACAUCUUGUACAGCUGAUUUUAGCAUUCACCAUCAGGAAGUUAUUAUCUACCUUAGGAGGGUUGGUAAAUCAAUAUGAAGCUAGCAGGUCAAGGGAAGAAAUAAACUUUGGCUAUAGUCUUAUCGCAUAUAUUCGACUUCUUAUCCUUAUUCCAUAAGGAAGACUUCACUGGAAGGUUGAAUUUAGGUAGGGAAGCCCAAGAAGGAUAUGAGUAAUUCUUGGAGUACAAAUAGACGCCAUAGAUUGUAAAGUCUGAAACUGAGUGUAAAUGCCUAAUCACAGUUGUAGGGGUCCAUAUCACCAGGUGGGUCUUCAAUGUGCAGAACUUUCACUUGCAUAUUUGUAAAUAUUUGUCAAAUUUUUCUACAUAUUAAAAUACAUAUUUUAGGAGGAUCAUAUAUCUUGUUCCAAGGUACUUUGACAUCUCAGACU